CAACUUCUAACAGCGCAGUCGAAAAAAAAAUUGAACGGUUGUGGGUGUAUGGUGUAUGUUCGAUUGUUUUCGGUCGCAAGAAUAAAACUCGUGAAAUCUAAAAAAGACCCGCAAAUGCUCUUCGACUUGUGACUCGAAGGGUUUCUUUAAAGCAUCUCGAAAUUAAAUCUGAAAUAAAGCGGGAAACGACGCGUUAAUCAGAGGACUCGCUAUUGUUGUUGUGGUUUAGCGCUUGUGGAAAUAUAAAUAAGGAAGAGGAAGAGACGAAGAAGCAAAGUGUUUUCCUUGUGCAGUGAGAAGGAGCAAGAAAGAAGGAAUACAGAAGGAGAGAACGAGAAGGCAGCAGCAUCAAUAACCGUUAUCACCGACCGGCAAUAACAAAAUCAUGUUGAUCUCGUGCAAAUGCUCGAAUUUCGUUGCCUCGACUUCGAAAUUGCAGCGCAGCAACAGUAGCAGCGGCGCUGCUGGGGGCGGGGUGGGGGGUACCGGCUUGGCUAACGGUUAUCCUGGUUCGAGCGGUACGCCCAUUGGCGAGGUCCCGCUCUCCACUCUGCUGUCGCAGGUGUUCCAGCAGAAAUAUCCGCGGGACUUUGUCUUCUACAGCCAGUUCAUGGACUUCUUCAAGCAUGCCUAUGGACCCAUUCCAGACCUCACCGUGGCCUCGAUCAACCAGCGGGACCUGCUGUUUGGCCUCACCCUGGACGCCGCUGGCCAGAGCUGGCAGCUGAGUCUGUGCAUCAACUGCAAGGAGGUGCUGUGCGCCAAGCGACUGACGGCGGGGGCCGGAGCCACGCCCACGCUCUACCUCAUCAAUUGCACGCUGCUGAGCAGCAGCGAGGAGCUGGCCCAGCGAAAGUCUAACAAAUCCUACUCGGAGACCUUCGAGCUGUUGAUCAUGGACCAAACAGGCAGUGACUCCCAGUCCCUAACCAGUGGAAUAUCCAACUCUGCAUCGAGUAUGAGCAUUGGUUCGCUGUCCGCCAACCCCACAGAUGCCAGGCUGCAGAGGCUGAGGAUGAUCCAAGCGCAUCAGCAGGCUCGAUUGCAGGAGGAGAUUUUGGAGACAAACGAGCGAAUCGAGCGGUAUACGCGCAAUCAGUUCCAGUUGUUGAACAGUUUCCGAGAGAAGUCGGAUCAGGACUGUGCGUUGCUACUCAGACUUAUCCGUGCGUUGUCCGAGCAGGCCUCGGAGCUGCUGGACCGUGCCAUGCCCCCCGCCUUAGAUGUGGCUGCCAAUCAGCCGCAGAGUGCCACUGCCAGGCGCAGGAACACAAUCAGCAGUCGGCGGGAAUUGAAUGGUGGACCCACCACACCCACCACCACCUUGAAUCAUCCGCCCAACUUCCUUACGCUGCAACAAUUGCAGGCGCAGCCGCAACAGCAGCCAAUGCAGCAGAGUGUCUCGGUGGCCAGGAAGAUGUCGCACUUUGACACACCACCCGCCACCCCAGAAGCCACGCCCAUGAGCGUGGGCAACAGUCCCACCUUCCGGCAGCAAUCGGCAACCGGCGGAGCUAAUGGCCCACCCACCCAGAUGUUGGCCACCAACGGCGGGGGUCAAUCCAGUGCCGCCGACGACGCGGAUGACUGCCUCUUUGACCUAGAGGAUGUAGAUGCUCCGGCGCCGCUACCAGUUCAGUCCGUGCCAGUGCCCAGCUACCCUCGGGGCCUGAUGUAUAUGCAGGAGCACCACGACACUUCGUUCCGGCAGAUGAGCCAGCAAAAUGGCUUGUUGGACGAUGAUGCUGCCGACGAAGCUGAAGAUGCUCUCGACCCGGACAGCUCCAUUUCGAUACCAACGCGCGGAGGAAGAGGUGGACGCCCCAGCCAGGCGCAGUUGAUGAACUUCGCCAAGAGUCUGCCCAUCGAGAUAGCCAACGCCACGCUGGCCGAGAGAGCUGCUGCGGCCAACAAUAAUAACUAUGCGCUUGGUGGCGAAGAGGGAAUGGACAACAUCGACAUUGCGGCCAGCAUCCAAGCGCUGACCAAAAGUGUCCAUGGCGAGGCUGUGUUUGGCGACUUGCCACGUCCCCGCCUGCGAUCCCAGAUCGAGGGCUAGCCAGGAUGGCUGGGAUUUCGGAGUCACCACUACGUACACAUAAAUAUAUCAGCUCGUAAUCCGCAUACUUGUUUGUUUGCCUGUUGCCUAGCCGCCUUGAAGAUUGUUUUCGCUAUCUAAACUAAAUUAGUUGCUCAACGAAACAAGGACACACGAAGCGCCUUCCACAGACACCCAACCACCCAUAUAAACCACAUAUGAAACCACAUACGCACCACCUACCACCUACCAACUACCAAGUACCAACUAAGCAGACAGUUUGCAAUUUCUUUAAUUAUAUAUUGCCUAUAAGUUUUCUUUCAUUUUUUCGGAUGAUCUUCGAUUGGAAAUGUGUAUUUUCUUCGUACGACGAGUGUACGGCUGUCGUUGGCUGUUGCACAUUGAGUUAACUAACUGAUAAUGAUACUGAUGAUGUUGUUAGUUUAUACAAUGAAUAAUCUAGUAUACAUAUACAUUAUAUAUAUUAUACAAUACAUAAAGAAAGCCAUCAGCUCCAGCUGUGAAGCAGGCAAGACGCACCACAAAGCGUCCAAUCCAA